AUGGUGCGGACACCGAAGGAAGGAUUAUGGGUCCAAGGGGCUCGAAAAUUUGCAGUAAAUGGUCUACCACCCCUGGGUUGCAUCCCAAUUGGUAUCACUAAGCUUCCUCCAAAUCCAGAGAAUACAAAACCAGUCAAAAACAGCAAAUGCAAAUGCCUUGAAUAUGUGAACGACAUAUCACAAGAAUUCAAUUCUUUGCUCCAGGAGAAAUUGCAAGACCUAGAGAGUAUAUUAUCAGAAACGAAGAUUGCUUACAUUGACUUUGAAGAAUCACUACUUGACGCAAUACAAAACCCAAAUAGUUACGGUUUUAACGAGGUGAACAAGGGUUGUUGUGGGACAGGACUUACUGAAAUAGGAAUAAACCGCACCGGAACAACUCCAAUUUGUGUUGAUGCCUCGAAGUAUGUAUUUUGGGAUGCAGCACACCCAACAGAGAAGACCAAUGAAAUCAUCUUCACAAGCAACCUUCCAGCCAUUGAUGACCUAAUUGGGAACUAA